UGGCAGCAAGGCGAAUUAAUACAUUAUAUUUCAAUAAGCUAUAAUUAUCAUGACUUAAAUACUUUUACAGGCGAUUUGGUCUGUAUUGUUUCAAUGUUUACAUGUACAAGUUCUUGAACAGGUUAUUUGCAUUCUUUCAACAUUAGAUUUUGUGAAAACAAUAUCAGUCUGAAGGCAAGGAGAACCUACUCAAAGCUAGAAAAUCCGGUAAACUCUUUGUCUGGAAAAACAAAACACUCGUGAUCUAUGUUUCCUUUAAUCUUGCCGUAACUGCACGGAUGGUCACUGUGAGAGAGCGUCUUUACAUUCUUUUACUUGUUCAUUAUUUGCUAGAUGCUGUUAAUCGACCGCUAUCGAUAAAACGAGGAUGUCAAUAGUCAUUAGGAAUACCGUCUUUUCCCUGCUGAUCUCUUCUCUAUUCUUGCGCUCUACAGGCUCACAGGACUAAAACACUGACAAUAUUUCAUAGCAUGAAAUUUAAGGCGGUUUCUAGUAAAUGUUUUGAAACGAAAAUACGGAACUGAUUUUUACACUGCUAACUUUAAAUGUGGAAAAUAGAUGAAAAGCACAAGUGCUGGAAGGAAGAAAAGAAAUACUAAAAUAGUGAGAUGAAAUACGUUUGGAAAGAAGAGUGCUUACUUUUAAAAGAAGCAGUGCCUUAAACACUAAACAGCAUCAUGUCGAAGUAUCGUAUGAUGGACGCGGCCCGGAACAUGCGUUUCCGUAUCCAGGCAACCGACAAUGAAACCUACGUGGCAAUAGUGGACACGCGUGAAGCAGACUACGAUAACAUUGGUGCUCUUUAUUAUGUUGUGGCAGUCGUUCUCAUUUACGGUCUGUCUAUCGUCAUGAUGAUUGCGUCACAUAUUAGAAGGAACAAGCAGGACGGACAACUUAGAUCAUAUCUGAAAGAAAUGGCUAUACUCAGAAAGAAAAACAGACGUGAGAAAUUGUUGGAAAAAAUGACGGAUCUUGCAUCCAAAUCUGGACCUUUCCCGAACCAGAAAAUCGAGGAAACAGUUUUUCAUGAGAAUAAAAAAGACAAUAUUGCAUUGUAUAGCCGCCUGCCAACAGAGGCCGAUGAUGAAUCACGUGACCUGUUAUUGUCGAAAACAAGCACAAGUGACUGUGAUGACUCUGUUUUUAGUGCAGAGACGCCGAAACUGGAGUCCCCAGCUACGCCAAAGAUAUCACCAUCAAAACUGCUAACACCUAAACUCGUACGUGCUGACGGGAAAUCUUAUAUCCAGAUUCAAGUGAUUAAUGAAAAUACAGUUCUCUGAUUUCUGAAAGACACUCUGAAAUAAAAGCUGAAAAGGGCUCAAUCGAUUGCUAACAGUCGAUUCUGUGACAAGUUUCUGGUAAAACUGUAAGGUAUUCAUAGAUAUAUAUUUAUUAUAUGGCGUGACAGAUUAUUUUGUAUACAUUGUAAAUAAAAAUAAAUAGAUUUUGUGAAAAGUUAUCUGUGAAAACAAAUGUUUUGUAUGUCCGCUAAUUGUUACAUAGGUAACUUCGCUCGUACUUUUUAGCUGGUACACUAUAUCUUGAUUCAUUUUUUUCUCAAGAUUUAUGAUUUUUCACAAACAUACAAGAAUAUGUGGGUAUAUAAUAUUAUAUUAUGUUCAUUUUUAGUUUAUAUUACUGACUGACUCAGUAUUUAGAAAGCUUUCUUUCGAUUUGGAAUGCGAUCAGCGAAUCUGCUUAUAAGUUUUAUAUUAGGGGGUGGGGGAAUUUUGUCUCCAAAUUCGACAAAUGCAGAAAUCUGUUCGAUGUGAAAUAUUUUUUAUAUUGUCAAUGUGAAGGUCAUACCACUACGGUAUAAUUUAUUUACUGUAACAGUUGAAUAUUUUAAUUCAAAUUAAUUCAAAUAAAGGGACAAAAUGCAGAUGGGAUAGCCACAUUCCCAUCAGCACCUAUACUUAAAGGUGAAGCCAACUUUCAAUAUAGAUAUAAAUAGACAACAAUAUCUAAAGGCUAUCUAGAAAAAGAGAUUUGUCAUAUUUUGAAAUUUGCAUCAGCGAAAGUUUCUUGAGGGAGGGAGAAAAUUCGUGAGAAUAUGUUCACGAGCUAAAAUUUAAUCUAUUUAACGUUCCAUUUUUAAGUCUGGAGCAAAUUGUCUUGUUUUAGAAAGUCAUAGUGUUUCGAUUUUCAAAAUAGCUUUCAAACAUACCAGUAUAAUAAUGAAAAAUAAAACGAGUUUUUGAGGUGAACAGUUGCCGGGAAUUUCCAAAUUUCAGACUGGUUAGUGUACUAGUAACCAAUGCAAGAAAAAACAAGAUACAUGCAGAAAGAUACGAGACGACAGGCUCCUUACACCUGUCACCAUUGUUAUAUAAAUAAUUAGUUAGAUCAGCAAGAACUUAACUGGUACAAGUACGACUAGACAAAACAGAAAAUUUCCAACAGACUGCGUUUGCUGUACUUACUUUGCACACCCAGCAUAGACUAAGACUCAAUGUCUUAGGAUCUAAUACAGACUGAGAACAUUAAUUGAUAGUAAUUUGCCGUCCAUUGUUCGAGUUUAUAGAUUGACUUUAAGGAAACAAAUACGCUCGUGUGUGUGAAGAUAUAUAUGUUUACAUUUUCUAUACAUUCUAUAUGAAAAGAAAAAGGCGUUUAUUUUCGUAAAAUCAAUAUUGACGUAGUAAUAUCUAAAACACCUUUUCCGCCAGACUGCAUGACGUCAUUCAUAAAGAAUUACCGAAAUUGCGUCGUUCGAAAUAUACUUUCAAAAUUAGAAGUCCAAAUUUCAAAAAGAACAUUAGAUUAUAAUUUAACUCUUUUUUUUUCUGACGACAUGACUGUAUGAUUUUUCACUGGUUUUAACUAUUCUUUGAAUAAAAUUUAAGAACAAUUUUUACCGUAAGGCGAAUAACAGUUGUACGUGGGCAUGUCUUUUGGCUGCUCUAUUAAAUAAAAUGUUGAAAAGAUCGAUAUCCUGACAUUUGUUUUGAUUUUCUGAUACUCGUGAAAAACAAACAACAACUGUACGUAGCAAGUUACCUUCGAAAUGUAAAUAUAAUAAUUGAAUGCUAUUUUUGUGCGUUUAUAAGGGUAUAAACCGCAUUGGGAAUCAUUCAAAAAGCGUUAGCGCGACUAAUGGAUUUGCUGGAAGUCACAAUGUGGUUUAUACCCGGAUAAACACAAAAAUAACAAUUAAUUCCGAAACAAAUUAAAUCUCCGGAACGAUAAACGUUAGUACUCAAUUGCGUUGCUGUAGUAGGAAGAUUUAGAGAAAUAUAAUACAUUUGUGUAAUUGUAUAUAUAGAGCCUUGAAAUUUUACAAAGAAUGUAAUCGUUCGAUCUAAUACAAGGUAGAGGAUUAAAUUGACUGUAAAAAAUUCUCAAUAUUUUUAAAGUUUAUAUAUUGACUUUCAUGAUAUUAACACUAUUUCUAAUUUCUUAACGUGAUAACUGAUCGAUUUUGUAUUUUUCAAUUCCAAUAAUUAAAGCAGUUAUGCAAUAUAAACGCCAAAGUAUGACAUUUCUUCAUGUGUUAACUGUAGGAACUAAAAUAUAUUUUGCAUGAAAGUUUGAAAAAUCUUUCCCUAAAUUUUGAAUUAAAACUUAGAUUCAGGAGGUAAUAGGGAAGCAUUAGAUUGAAAGAACCUUAUUCGAUAGUAUACUAUUUUCAAUUCAGCGAAAGGAAAGGUUCCUUGAGGCAAAACCUAUAAGCUGACCUAUAUAUAGGUGACUUUGACCUUCAUAAGAUCUUUACCAUUAAACUCAAAACCUAGAAAAACAACACCUUUGGGUAUACACCCAGAUUUUGCGUUUUGCAAACGCAUCCUCUUGUUUUCAAAGGGACCUCAGCCGAAUAAUGUAUUUCACAGAAAUCUCAGUUGAAUGAGAUAUUUCAAAGAAACCUCAAUCAAAUGAGUAUAUUCCUAGCCCCAUGACAGAUUAAAGCUCGAUAUGCCCAUACAGUUAUAUUUUGUCCGCAAAGGAGAAGAAUUCUAUAAGACUCGUCUUUCAUUCUUAUCCUUUCCUGUUUUGUCUUCACUACAGCAUG